AUGAUUGAUUUGAGUGUGCUGUCGGGUAUUACACCAGGAACAGCUUCCGCUGGGAAAUUGAUUGCUGUUGAUUCUAACAGAGACAUCGCAAACAUUAAUAAUCUUUCAGCAUCGCAAUUAACAGGAACUCUUCAAACAGCUGCACAGCCUAACAUUACAUCAUUAGGAACAAUUUCAUCAACACUCAAUAUUAGUGGAUCUACUCCUAUAACUUGUAAUAACUCCCUGUCGAGUAGCACGUGCUCAUUAUCUGUUGAUUCUGUAUCUGGAGAUCAGACAUUUGGCAGUACAACAGCGAAUAAGUUUCAUUUGAGAACAAAUGGAAAUAGAAAAAUAACGAUAGGAUCCACUGGUUUAGUAGGCAUUAAUAAUCCAUCUCCUGCUAAACAAUUAGAUAUCAUUGGAUCAACAGCUUUGACAAAUGCUCUAUAUCAAAUUAGUGAUGGAACAGUUGUAUAUCAGCAGUGGUUUGAUGGGACUCAAUGUUGUCUUCAAACAUUUAGCAAUCAUCCGUUAACUUUUGCCACGAAUAAUGCUUCAGUGCAAAUGUCAAUAUUAACGAAUGGAAAUGUAGCUGUUAAUAACACAUUGACAGCUACGAAUAUAUCCGCUUCAACUUUAUAUGGAACACUUCAAACAGCUGCUCAGCCAAAUAUUACAUCGAUUGGAACUUUAACGACUCUUACAGCUACAUCAAUUACUGGAACGCUUCAAACCGCUGCUCAGCCUAAUAUCACAUCUCUGGGAACGUUAACUAGUCUAACAAGUAGCGGAACAAUCACUUCAAGUAGAACUACAAAUGGGCAAUCAUUCAAUUCCACGAAUGGAACAUCAACUUGUGUUUUGUUCCAUUUUAACAACGGAGAUGCGUAUUUUGGAACAUCUACAGCAAACAAUUUAGUAUUUCAAACAAGUAAUACAGAAAGAAUGACAAUUAGUUCAUCAGGAGCAGUAUCUGGAAUAUCAUCGCUAAGUGCUACAACAUUAACUGGAACAUUACAAACUGCAGCUCAACCAAAUAUUACAUCAGUUGGAACGCUUACUAGUUUAACAUUAUCUGGAGCUUUAAGUGGAAUUACAAAUAUAACAUUAUCAGGAACUAUUAGUGGAGGUACUUCAGUAUCGGCUACUUCAUUAACUGGAACAUUACAAACUGCAGCUCAACCAAAUAUUACAUUAGUUGGAACGCUUACUAGUUUAACAUUAUCUGGAGCUUUAAGUGGAGUUACUAAUAUUACAUUAUCAGGAACUAUUAGUGGAGACAAGUGCAUCUUUAGCGCAGAAGAGAUUUCCUUUUUAGGGUGCUUCAUUGGGAAGCGUGGUCUUCGAGCGGAUCUCGCUAAGGUCAAGGCCAUUGUAGAUUUGCCGGCAUCAAAGAACCAAAAGGAAUUGCGUAAGUGGCUUGGUCUUGCCAGUACUUGCACAAGUAAAGCGUAA